AUGGUAAUUCAAAGCUCUCUAAACGAGUUUACUAAGAGUUAUGUAUUGUCUGUGGUGUAUAACCUGGUAUCUUCAGCUCUUCCAAAUCCAUGCACCGCACCUCCACGCAACCCUGGUGAUGGACCCCAUCAUGCGACAAGAUGGGCUUUCGAUGGGAACAUCCGCAAAUGUGUACCAUUCGAAUAUCGCGGAUUACAUGGGAAUGCUAAUAACUUCCUCACUCGUGAAGACUGUGAGCAGAGAUGUCCAGGUUGGAAGGAUUACUGCAAAGAGCAAAACCGAGCAGACUGA